UAAGAAAUCAAGAUGGCGGAUUUGGUGAUUGUUGUCGUCUGUGCGAACUGCAAAAGUAAACAAAGAUUUAUGAAACGAUGCACGGCCUGCAAGCAAGAAUUUUAUUGUUCCAAGGAGUGUCAAUUGCUUCACUGGCCAAACCAUAAACCAAGUUGCCUGGAGUUUAGAGUAAAUGGAAGGAAAGUUUGUACAUCAUCAACUGAGUUACAAACUCCUUCAUUACCUUCAAGUCUACUUUCUUUGGAAAACAGUAGCAUGGCUGGAAUAGCCAAUGUGGGAGAUGCCAUACAAGAAUAUUCUAAUGGCUUGUCUUUCAAUGACACUAUUGAAAACAAAGCAGAUGACAAAAAUAUCAGGGAAAGAAAUCAUGGUUCUAUGAAAGAAAGCAGUAAUAAGGAUGUAGACUUUUCUGCAAACGGCACCAAAGAACACACCAUCAAAAUUUAUAUCAAACACAAUAAAGUCAAGAGUGAACUUAUGGUGUCGCUAAAUGACAAUGGUAGUUCAGUUUUACAGAUUAUUUCAGAUCACUUGAGCAUCCUUGUUUCCAAACUUAAACUUAUUAAUAAAGGUAAAAUUGCAACAUGUGACAAUAUAAAGGACAUGCUCUUUAAUAAGUCUGUAUUUCUAGCAUUUGGAGAAAUAGCUGAGAGUGAAGAUGACUUAGAACAAUCAGACAUUGACUUAAUUGUGAAGCAGCUCAAUGUGGAUAGAAAUCUUGCUAUAAAAUGUCUACGGAAGACUGGGAAUGUAGUGGAUGCUAUCAUUGAGAUUGGAAAUAUCUGAAUGAUAGAUUUGGUAAAAUGAUCUAGAGAGGGCUGACUUUAAGGGCACGUAAGUGAUAGAAGUUAUCUUUUGAGUGGGAAGAUGUGAUUUUUAACACCAUUGAUUCAUUUUGAAUUAAAAUAACUUGACUCCCUUACCUGGGGAAUAUUUUUACAGUGUGGUGCAUUCUUGGUGUUGAAGCUAUUGUGAGAAAUAUCUAUUACCCCCAAAGCCUAAAGAAAAUAAUAAAAACUGCUUUGUUAAAAAGAAA